AUGGAGAGCAAGAAAAGUAGCCUGGGAUCAUCCACCCCAGAUAUCUCACCUUCUGCUGCACCAUCUUAUGCAUAUGCGCUAGGUUUAACCCAAUUCCAAGGCUUUUGGAUCCCUUCUCGACAUGUUCCCACUUCAUCCAUAAUCUCAUUUCAGAAAUAUUUCCAAGCUCUUGAUGAAGAUAUCAUUGUUGUCUCUAAGCCCAAAGCUGGCACCACUUGGCUCAAAGCUUUGGUGUUUACAAUUGUCAACCGCCAUUCUUAUACGCUCUCAAAUACCCCUUUGAAUUCUGCAAAUCCUCAUCAACUGAUUCCAUUUUUUGAUGCUGACCUUUACAAGGAAAAUCCUAAUCCUGAUCUUUCUAAAAUUUCAUCCCCAAGGUUGUUUUCUACCCAUCUUCCGUAUUCAAUGCUAGCCGAUUCCAUCAAACGUUCAAAUUGUCGGAUUGUUUAUAUAACUCGUAAUCCAUUUGACAUUAUUGUCUCACUUAGGCACUUUUUUAGAUUUAUAGAUGAUUGGUCAGUGGAGGACUAUCUUGAGAUGUUUUGUAGAGGUGAAGAACCAUAUGGACCCUUUUGGGACCAUGCUUUAGGGUACUGGAACAUGAGCGUGGAGAAGCCAUCAAAUGUAUUGUUUAUGAGAUAUGAAGAGUUGAAGGAAGAUUCAGUGGCUCAAACAAAGAGAUUGGCUGAAUUCUUAGGAUUUGCCUUCUCCAUGGAAGAAGAGAAAACAGGUGUGGUUAACCAAAUUGUUGAUUUUUGUAGUUUCAACAAUUUGAAAGAUUUGGAGGCCAACAAAACUGGGAAGAUACCAAGAUCUAUAAUACCUAGUAAUAAGUUGUUUUUCAGAAGUGGGAAAGUAGGUGAUUAUGUUAAUCAUCUCUCCCCUGCUGCUGUAGAACGUUUAAGUAAUAUUUUAAAAGAAAAACUAAAUGGAUCUAAUUUAACUUUCAACUAA